CACUCCCCUCAGUGCCAUUUUGCUGGUGCCCGAAGGAAACACACACCCCGACCCGGGAGAAAAGGGAGAGAGACAGAGCAGCUGCCUCUGCAUCUGCAACCGGGGAGAAUGCGCAGCGGCGGCGGCGGCGAGCGUGAGGACGAGGAGGCGGCGCACAAGCUGAAGAGCAUGGACGUGAACAAGCUGCAGAAGGGCGGCAGCAGCAGCGACGAGGACAGCCCGCACCCGCCGCGGCCGGCCGUCAAGUACCACGGCUGGAGGGCCAUGCCCUUCAUCAUAGGGAACGAGACGUUCGAGAAGCUUGGGACUCUGGGCACGUCUGCGAACCUGCUGGUGUACCUGACGCAGGUGUUCCACAUGCAGAGCGUGGACGCUGCGACGCUCCUCAACGGGCUCAACGGCACCUCCAGCCUCGCCCCCAUCGUCGGCGCCUUCCUCUCCGACGCCUACCUCGGCCGCUACCUCGCGCUCGCCAUCGCCACCGUCGCCUCCCUCAUCGGCAUGUUCUUCCUGACGCUGACGGCCGGCGCGGACAGCCUGCACCCGCCGGACUGCGGCGUGGGAGAGGUCUGCCAGAAGGCGACCUCGUACCAGUUCGCGGUGCUCUUCAUCGCCUUCGUCUUCAUGGUGAUCGGGUCGGCGGGGAUCCGGCCGUGCAGCAUGCCGUUCGGUGCCGACCAGUUCGACCCGCACACGGAGUCCGGCAAGCGCGGGAUCAACAGCUUCUUCAACUGGUACUACUUCACCUUCACCUCCGCCAUGCUCGUCUCCGCCACGGUCAUCAUCUACGUGCAGAGCAACGUGAACUGGGCGCUCGGGCUCGGCAUUCCCACGGCGCUCAUGUUCCUCGCCUCCGUGCUCUUCUUCGCGGGCACGCGCCUCUACGUGCGGGUCGUGCCGGAGGGGAGCCCCUUCACCACCGUCGUGCAGGUGUUCUCGGCGGCGAUCGCGAAGCGGUCGCUGAAGCAGCCCAAGGACCCGAAGCAGGACCUGUUCGACCCGCCGCACACCAGCGCCAUCGUCACCAAGCUCGCGCACACGGACCAGUUCCGGUGCCUCGACAAGGCGGCCAUGGUGGCGUCCCCCGACGAGGUGCGGCCCGGCGGCGAGGUGGCUGCGGACCCGUGGAGGCUCUGCACCGUGCAGCAGGUGGAGGAGGUCAAGUGCCUCAUCCGCAUCGUGCCGGUGUGGUCGACGGGCAUCAUCUACUACGUGGCCGUCGUGCAGCAGUCCACCUACGUGGUCUUCUCCGCGCUGCAGUCCGACCGCCGCCUCGGGAGCAGCUUCCACGUGCCGGCCGCCUCAUUCACCGUGUUCGCCAUGCUCGCCCAGACGCUCUGGAUCCCGCUCUACGACCGCAUCCUCGUGCCGCGCCUCCGGAAGGUGACCGGCAAGGAUGAGGGGUUCUCGCUGCUCCAGCGCCAGGGCAUCGGGAUCGCGCUCUCCACCGUCGCCAUGGUCAUCUCCGCCGUCGUGGAGGACCGGCGCAGGGGCAUCGCGCUCAACCAGCCCAACAUCGGCAAGACGCAGACCGGCGGCGGCAUCUCGGCGAUGUCCAGCUUCUGGAUGGUGCCGCAGCUCAUGAUCCUCGGCCUCUCCGAGGCCUUCAACCUCAUCAGCCAGAUCGAGUUCUACUACAAGGAGAUCCCCGAGCACAUGCGGAGCGUCGCCGGCGCGCUCGCCUUCUGCAACCUCGCGCUCGGGAACUACCUCAGCGGCUUCCUCACGACCAUCGUGAACAAGACCACGGCCGGUGGGCAGAACUGGCUGGCGCAGGAUCUCAACCAGGGAAGGCUCGACCUCUUCUACUGGACCAUCGCCGGCAUCGGCGUAUUCAACUUCGUCUACUUCAUCAUCUGUGCAAGGUGGUACAGGUUCAAGGGAGCCAGCAACUAAGGAGAUGCAUGAGCUUUGUGACAAAGAUGUUAAAAUUCGUAUGUCUUAUACCACAGUCAGUAGCUAUUUCCUUCUUUCCCCUUUUCUUUUGCUCUGCUGUUACGAAUUCAACAUAUAGGUUAAGUCAUUAAGUGAGUGGAGGUGAAAGAGAAGAAAGAUAACAACAAUGGGGUGGUUAAUUUCUUGUAAGUUGUUCAAAUGAAAGAUAAAUGAAUGUCUUUCUCUGUA